CCAGCCUUUCACCCGGCGUACAUCACGCAGGAAGUUCGACGCGGUGUUCAUCCUAAAUACGCAGUAGGACACCGGUGAUUCUUAGUCGUGCUCGUGUCACUUGAUACUGUCAACCACAGACCCAGUAGCUGUAAAUUACGGGAUUGGGCGUGGAGUGUUGUUAUCACAGCAAUGUCAUCAAACGUGAAUGAAUUUCUCAAAAACAGGAAAAAAUCAGAUUAUGCUUACUUUUUGACGUAUAGGACUCGAUGGAGCGACAAUGACCAGUAUUCUCAUAUCAACAACUCGAUAUAUUACCAUCUCUUUGACUCCAUAGUCAAUGACUACCUUAUUAAUCACUGUGGCAUCAACCCGGCAGAAUCUCCUCUUAUUGGGCUUGUUGUAUCUUCGGCAUGCCAGUUCUUCUCCCCGCUCUCCUUCCCUCAAGUUCUGGAGCUUGGCCUUCGGGUUAACAGUCUGGGGCGAAGCUCCGUCACGUAUGAGGUCGGUGUUUUCGAGGAAUCCAAGAUGCGGCCAGCCGCGGUCGGCGGCUAUACGCAUGUUUUUGUCGAAUCAAAAUCACGAAAGAGCGCCCCGAUAAGUAAGCAGAAGGGCUUAGAAGAAGGUCUGAAAAGGCUCCAUGCCGAUAAGCUGCGAUCAAACCUAUAAUGAGCCGUUGCUAAAGAUAUACAGUUCC